AUGAUUUUCAUCCUCACAAAUCAGGUCCAGGCUCUUCCCAUGGCAGAAUCACAAAUUCAAAAGGCAAUAUUUGACCAAUGGAAACAGGACGACAUUAAUUUCAUUUCAACAAAGGCGUGCGAGGAGGUAGAAAAAAAUAUAAAAAGCAGGAAUCUGGUAAUUGUUGCUGGUCACUCAGGAUCCGGAAAGUCAGCCAUCAUUCAACAUAUUGCGCUCAAAUACAGAGAACAGGGCUGGACCGUAAGACGAAUAAAAAAGGUACAAGACAUCGUGGAUGAAUAUUCUUCAAGUCGAUUUAAAAAAGAUAAAACUAUUUGUGUUUUUAAUGAUCCAUUGGGAAAAGAAUAUUUUGAUGAAAUUUUGAAUAAUUCAUUGCAAACAAAUGAGGAAGAAAUUAAUUUGUACCUAAAAACGGCAAAACUCGUAAUGUCAUGUAGAAAUCACAUUAUAUCUGACACUAGAGUGACACGUUAUCUCGUGGAUCAAUCAGAUAUUUUAAACAUCAAUGAAAACAAAUAUGAAUUAUCUGUUGAGGAAAAACGGCGGAUUUUAAACAAAUAUACCUCCGAUAUGAAUUUUUCCGACAAAGAUCGCCAUAAGAUCGUUGAAGUUGAAAGGUAUUUCCCAUUAUUGUGUAAAUUGUAUUCUAGCAAAGAGGAAUACAAAAAUAAAGGUAUAGAAUUUUUUACAGAACCUGUAACAGUGCUGAAAAAGGAAAUACUAGGGUUCAGAAAAAAGACAAGGGUAAAUUUUGUGCUUUGACUCUUCUUGUACUUUUUAACGAUGAUCUUUGUGUAA